UGGCAGAAAAUCAACCCAGCCGUAAAUCCCUGUCUCACACCCUUUGAAAAUUGCAAGUUAGGUUCAAAGCCCCUUUCUCGCUUAAUGCUUUUGUUUUCUCCCAACAAGUCUGACGUGAGUCACUGUAAAUUCUCCCUCUCUAGUGUCUUCCCUUCUCCAAUAAAACCAGACCUCACACCACAUAAUCUUUAAACUCCCCCCUUCCCCCUCUCUCUCUCUCCUUCCAUUCUUCUUCUCCCUGCAACAACAAUGGCAGACGGAGGGCCUGGUUUUUGUUUCUUCUGGGCUGUAUUCUUUGCUUACUUCUUCUGUGUUGCUCUUUCUAGGAGCUUAAUCGAGAUCCCUAAAACCACUGUGCUCGAUGUCUCCGCCUCCCUUCAGAAAACCCAUAAUGUUCUCUCCUUCAACCCAGAGGCCUUUCAGACCCUCCAUCCAAAAGAGCAGACCACCACCGAACCAUCGUUGGCUUCCUUGGUUCUGUCGAUACAUCCACGACACACACUUCACAAGCCCACCCACACAGACUACAAAACUCUCACUCUAGCCCGACUCAAGCGAGACGCGGCCCGAGUUAGAUCCCUCAACACCAAAGUGGAUCUGGCUGUUAAAGGCAUCAAGAAAUCAGAUCUCAAACCCUUGUUGAUGGAAAAUGCAGUACAACCUUCUUCUAAGGAUCUCGAAGGUCCGGUCAUCUCAGGGAUGAGUCAGGGUAGUGGCGAGUAUUUUUCCCGAUUAGGUAUCGGUGUUCCGGCGAAACAGUUGUACAUGGUGAUUGACACGGGCAGCGACGUUAACUGGGUGCAAUGCGCCCCCUGUACGGAUUGCUACGACCAAGCCGAUCCGAUAUACGAGCCCUCUUCUUCUUCUUCGUACUCGCCCCUGUCCUGCGACUCCGAGCAAUGCAAAUCGCUGGACGUGUCGGCUUGUCGAAACGGGUCCUGCCUCUACCAGGUUUCGUACGGAGAUGGGUCUUACACCGUCGGCGACUUCGUCACAGAAACCAUAACGUUCGGCAACUCGGGGGCCGUUAACAACAUCGCUCUUGGCUGCGGCCACGACAACGAGGGCCUGUUCAUCGGCGCCGCUGGCUUGAUUGGUCUCGGCGGGGGAUCGUUGUCAUUCCCUUCUCAGAUCAAAGCUUCUUCUUUGUCAUACUGCCUCGUCGACCGGGACUCGAGCUCGUCGUCCACUCUCGAGUUCGACGCCCCUGAACCAUCCGACGCCGUUACCGCUCCGUUACUCCGUAACACUCAACUCGACACUUUCUACUACGUGGGCUUAACCGGGAUCAGCGUUGGCGGCGAGUUGCUGUCAAUCCCUCCAUCAUUGUUCGCAGUGGACGAGAGCGGCAACGGUGGAGUUAUAGUCGACUCGGGAACGGCCGUGACUCGGUUGAAAACCGAGGCGUACAACUCGCUCCGCGACGCAUUCGUCAAGGGAACCGGAGACCUACCGUCAACGAGCGGUGUGGCUUUGUUUGACACUUGUUACGAUCUAUCGUCGAAGACGAGCGUCGAAGUCCCGACCGUUACGUUCCACUUCCCCGGCGGGAAGUCGUUGCCUCUACCGGCAAAGAACUACCUGGUUCCGGUGGACUCACAGGGGACGUUCUGCUUCGCGUUCGCGCCGACAUCGUCGGCGUUGUCGAUAAUCGGUAACAUCCAGCAGCAGGGGACACGUGUCAGUGUCGAUUUCCAGAAGUCUGUAGUUGGGUUCUCGCCUAGUAAGUGUUAGAUUGACAGCUUCACUUCUAAUCGGGUUGUUUAUGGCCCUUCCUUUAAACUUUUCGUCGGUCGCUUUCCGGUUUUGCCCUUGGUGAAAGAGAGGUUUUACGGUUUGACCUCUCACAAGUCACAACUUGCAGAUUUUAUAAAAAAGAGAUGCAUGUGAGUGGGUUAGUGGGGGCCGUUUCUAGUAAGUGUAAGGAGGGAAAUGGGGCAAGUUGGUGUCGUUAUUAUGAUCACAGUUCGGUGGCAUGUAUAGUAAUUUAAUUGAAAAGUUAGGGGAGUAAUUAAUAUCUGAGAGAUUAUAUAUGGACUAUGGAGUAGUGCAGUGAUGUUUUUUUACCGUUACGGCGUUACGUUUUA